UUUGCUUUUGUCAGAGCAUCGUCGCCGCAAGAAUCGCUACUAUCGCUCUGCUUUGGGGAAAAGAAAACGUACAAACACACAAAGAAUGUCCAGCUCUUCUAACUUGGCCACUAUGAAAAAGGCGGUACAGCAGCUYCGCUUCGAGGCGAGCAUAAACAGAGUGAAGGUUUCCCAGGCAGCUGUGGACCUGCAGCAGUUUUGCUUGCAGAAUGCCUUGCAGGACCCUCUGCUCACUGGAGUGUCCUCCAGCACCAACCCCUUCAGGCCGCAGAAAGUCUGCUCCUUCUUGUGAAAUUACCCUCUUCAUUGGCCUUCAUUUAGACGCUACAGGGAAGAUGACCUCAGCACUGCUCCUCAUGCCAAGCCAUUAUACUGCCACGGGAAGCGUAGAACACAUUGAAGUCGUAUCAGGAAAAUAAAUUAUUAGGAACAUUAGAGUAAAA